CCUCACACCACCGCAUUCUCCUUCAUCAUGGGUGGCGACGGCAAUCGCAUCAUGCCUGUCUCUACCGACUAUCCGAAGCUCGCAGCCGGACCUGUGGGCAAGGCUUGUUGCCGUACGUCUCUCUUCUGCCGCUAUCCGGCUCCUCAGGUGUCCUAGGAACAUUAUCUGUGGUCGUUGGAGCUCCAUUGUAUGCUAAUGCCCCACAGCAAGCUUCACGAAGCCAAAGCGUCAGGCUCCGACUGGAUCAAGCUCUCCGUCUACUCCCCGCCGGACCUCUCGCGCCCCACGUUCAAAGAUGCGACCUCCCAUAGCUUCAAACCCACGCACGUUGGCGAAUCGUUCGGUCCCAGCUGGUCGACGCAUUGGUUCAAGGUCCGGCUGACGGUUCCCAAGGGCAUGCGGGACAAGGAGCGGCUGGAGUUCGUCUGGGAUGCGAACUGCGAGGGCUGCAUCUGGACUGAGAAAGGAGAUGUCGUCCACGGAUUGACGGGCGGCGGCGAGCGGACGGAAUGGAUACUCCCGAAGGAAUUUAGGGACGGGAAGGAGCAUACCUUCUACGUCGAGAUGGCGUGCAACGGCAUGUUUGGGAACGCGCCGGGCGGCGACUCGAUCCAGCCGCCGAACCCGAACCGAUACUUCCAAUUACAUACUGCAGAUAUUGUGGCCGUUAACCUGGAGGCUAGGGCGCUCUACUUCGACUUCUGGGAGAUCGGAGACGCCGCUCGCGAAUUCCCAGCUGAUUCGUGGGAAGAGCAUGAAGCGCUGCAGGUCGCGACCCGCAUCAUGGACACUUUCAUCGCGGGCGGUGGAAGCAACAAGAGCAUCGCUGAAUGCCGCAAAAUUGCGCGCGAAUACCUUGGAGACGUGGACACACACAAGGUGUAUGAGAGCGACAAGGAGCCCAUCGUGUUCGGGGUCGGAUACUGCCACAUCGACACGUGCUGGCUGUGGCCCUUCGCCGAGACGAAACGAAAGGUCGCGCGCUCAUGGUCGAGUCAGUGCGAGCUGAUCGAGCGGUAUCCCGAGCUUCGCUUCGUCUGUACUCAGGCUCAGCAGUACAAAUGGCUGGAGGAGCUGUAUCCUUCGACAUUUGACCGCGUUAAGAAGAAGGUCAAGGAGGGGUCGUUUCAGCCCAUUGGCGGGAGCUGGGUGGAGCAUGACACCAAUCUGCCGAGUGGAGAGUCUUUGAUCAGGCAGUUUCUCUACGGCCAGCGGUACUUUGAGAGCCGCUUCGGAGAGCGCUGUCGGACCUUCUGGCUCCCGGACACCUUUGGAUACUCUACGCAGCUCCCCCAGAUCUGCCGACUCGCCGGCAUGACGAGAUUCUUGACGCAGAAGCUCAGCUGGAACAAUAUCAACAACUUCCCACACACCACCUUCAACUGGGUGGCCCUCGAUAAUAGCCAGGUCAUCUGCCAUAUGCCGCCAUCCGAGACGUACACGGCUGAAGCAAACUUCGGCGACGUAAAGAGGAGCGUCACGCAGCACAAGUCUUUGGAUCAGGACAAGACUUCGCUGCUGGUGUUUGGCAAAGGAGACGGUGGGGGUGGCCCAACUUACCAGCAGCUCGAAAAGCUUAGGCGAUGCCGUGGCAUAAGCGACAAAACUGGCCUUCUGCCUCGCAUCAAGCUUGGCGACUCAGCAGACGACUUUUUCGACAGACUGGAGAAGAAGGUCGAGAAAGGCACCGAGCUCGUCACCUGGUAUGGCGAGCUCUACUUCGAGCUGCAUCGCGGAACAUACACUACUCAAGCGAACAACAAGCGCAACAACCGUAAAGCUGAGAUCAUGCUGCGAGACAUUGAAUACCUCGCGACUCUGGCGACCAUUAAGAAUGAGUUUGGGAAGAAGAGCUCGUACAAAUACCCGAAGAAGGAUAUCGACGACAUGUGGGAGAACGUCCUACUUUGCCAGUUCCAUGACUGCUUGCCAGGCAGCUCGAUCGAGAUGUGCUAUGAUGAUUCGGAUGAAAUCUAUGAAAAGGUCUUCACGACGGGUGAAAAGCUGCUGUCUGAUGCUCUGUCUGAGCUAGGCUUUGACAACGACAUCAAGGCCGACAGCACGCUCGUAGCUUUGAACACGCUUCCAUGGCAGCGCACCGAGCUCGUUAAGCUUCCAUCAAUUGCCAGCCUUCCAUCCUACGGCCUCGCUCAUGGCGAUGGAUUAAGCACCAUGGAGAUCCGCCCUCUCGCUUCACCCUACUCUGCCACUAUUGCUUCUAUCAAAGAAACCCGCCCCAACGUCUUCGAGCUACGCAACGCUCAAUACAUCGUCGAGGUCUCAAACGGUGUCAUCUCUUCCCUCUACGACAUCUCCGCAGACCGCGAGCUCAUCCCCAAGGGCGCCAAGGCUGCCCAGCUGGUCCUCUUCGACGACAAGCCGCUCUACUGGCAAGCCUGGGACGUCGAGGUUUACCACCUCCGCUCAAGGGAAGAGCUCCAACCUUCCAAAGUCGUCAUCUCAGAAGACAGCCCGCACCGCGUCUCCCUUGACAUCGAAACCAAGAUUUCAGAUAAGUCCUGGAUCAAAACCACCAUCUCGCUGCCCGCCGUCGUCGGCGGCGCACCCUCCUGCAUCGAAAUCGACGCCGAAAUCGAAUGGCGCGAGACGAUGAAGUUCCUCAAGGUAGAAUUCCCCGUCGACAUCGUCAACACCGAAGCAAGCUACGAAACGCAAUUCGGCAUCGUCCGCCGCCCCACGCACUACAACACCACCUGGGACAUGGCCAAGUUCGAAGUGUGCUGCCACAAAUGGGCCGACCUGUCCGAAGCCACCUACGGCGUCUCCAUCCUCAACGACUCCAAGUACGGCUUCGCCGUCGCGGGGAACGUAAUGCGCCUCUCGCUGCUGCGCGCCCCAAAGGCGCCAGACGCCCACGCCGACAUGGGCCGCCACUCCACCCGCUACGCCAUCUUCCCGCACGCCGGGCCCCUAUCCGAAUCCACAGUCCGCAAGGCCUUCGAGUUCAACAACCCCCUCAGGAUCGUCGGCCACAAAGCCCACCCCGCCCUCCACCACCACAGCCCGUCCAUCCUCAACUCGUUCCACGUCCACGGCGCGCCGAAUCUCGUCCUCGACACUAUCAAGCGCGGCGAAGACGACGCCGACGUCUCGCGCGGCGAGCUCCCCGCGAAGAAGGGCAAGAGCGUUAUCGUAAGGAUAUACGAUGCUAUGGGCGGGAAGAGCAAGGCUGUGCUUACGUGGGGCGCGUUGCGCGUGAGGAAGGUGGUGAAGGUUAAUGCGCUGGAGGACGAGGUGGAGGAUUUGAGCGGGAUGGUUGUGGAGAUGGAGGGCGGGAGGAGGGGUGUGAAGUUGGAGAUUCGGGCGUUUGAGGUUGCGAGUUAUAGGCUUGUGCUUUGAGAGGGUAUGAGUAUGGGUAUGGGUAUGGGGUGGGGAUAGGGAUGAAGAUGGCAUUUGAGAAGAGAAGAGAUUUGUAUUGGGUAUGCUCGCUCGGUCGUUGCUUUAUCCUCUUUUUGCGUGCAUUGCUUUGCACGCGUCUCCGCAUAUCAUAUCAUAUCAUGUACAUCACCGUAUGUACAGUACAUACAGCACGCACCACUCUAGGCGUCAACAAACCAAACCAAAAAGUAUCCAUG